CUGAGAUUUCAUUUCAAGAAGCACUCUCACUCACUUGAGUAAUUAGCCAAAACUAUGGAGCUUAAACUAGCCACCGCCGAGAAACAAGUGCUUGAAGAGUUGGUGAAGCUAGUUCAGCGUCGAGGUUUGCGUGGCGAAAAUGGAGGAUGGAAGGAGUUUUUAGAUGCUAAAGACAAGAAGAAGAUUGGGUCACCAAAUGACCCUUCGAAGCGUUCCCAUGAAGAACUUGUCGCCUUUCUCACAACCUUCAAGAAGAAACAAGAUUUGCAGGUUCUAAAAUGUCACGCCAAUUGUCUUCUGAUUGAGAAAUUAGAGCAGGAAUCUGCUAUUAACGACACUCCUGAGCAGAGUCUAGUUAGAUUGACUGUUGAGCAUCCUGCUUACUCGUUAGACUACUCAUUCCAGCCACACUCCGAGGACUGGUUUGUAUCCGAUGUUGGAAUUAAGAUGUUCAAGGUGAUGGAAUCAACAGAAAUGGUAGCUGUUGACUGUGAGAUGGUUCUUUGCGAAGAUGGAACUGAGGGUUUGGUCAGAGUUGGUGCUGUAGACCGAAAUUUAAAGGUGAUUCUUGACGAAUUUGUGAAACCGGACAAACCUGUAGUUGACUAUAGGACAGACAUUACAGGGAUUACUGCUGAAGUUAUCGAAAAAGCUACCCUCUCCCUGUUAGAUAUACAGGAAACUUUGCAGCCCUUUCUUUCAAAUGGUGCAGUUUUGGUUGGUCACAGUUUGAACAAAGAUUUGGAAGUGUUGAAGAUAGAUCAUCCCAAAGUAAUCGAUACCGCACUUGUUUUCAAGUAUUCCAAUGCAAGGAAGCCCAAAAGAGUUUCACUUAACAACCUUUGCAAGUCUAUUUUGGGUUAUGAAGUCCGAAAGGCAGGAGUCUCUCAUGAUUGUGUACACGACGCAUCAGCUGCGAUGAAACUUGCACUUGCUGUUAUAGAGAAGAGAGCUACCACAACAAUCUCACCGUCUAAAGAGAUGUUGGAGGUUGAGAAGGCAAAGCUUUUUAUACAUAAAAUCCCUCACAAUGUGACAUCUAAAGAGCUGGAGAAAGUUCUUUCUGGAGAAUUUACACUUGAUGUUAAGCCAGCAAAAACAUCGAGAGGUUGCUAUUGUGCGUUUUUUGUUUUCCCUAGCUCAAAAGAAGCAGAUCAAGCAUUUGAAAACGUUGAUGGAGACCAGGGGCAGGAUUCUUUGGGUUUGCCACAAAAGCUAGUUUUAUUUAAGCUGAGUUCUGGCUCCAGAGUUAGUAUAUAUGUCCGUAAAAUGGUUCAAGAUGAUUCUGCCUAGAUCUGUCACUACAAAGACAGUUUUUCCGGGAGAAAAAAAAACUAUGUGUAGCGACCGACAGGAGUUGACCAAAUAUUUAUUAUUUUGAGUAAGAUUUUCUAUUUGACAAUGUAGGAAUAGAAAACAAUGGCAAAACUAGUAUAGUAGUAUAGUACUAUUAACAAUGUUCGUUUGCAUCAGAGAACAUGAGUUUUCUUAAG